GAGGCAUGCAGAAAGGGAGUGAUGCGGCGUGGUAAAGCCAAAGCCGCUGUCCUUGUCACAGGAUAAGUAAAACUGGCACUUGACAGUUGGCACAUUUGAGGCCACACACGCGGCGAUAUCGCAGCCCAUCUGCCAGCUAUCGUUGAGCCACACACGCGGCGUAUAUCGCUGGUGGAUCCAGAGGCUGCUAAGGCCCAUUUUUACCGCAUCAUAACACGCGCAGCGGCCGAAAGAUGCGCCGGGUCGUGGCGCUGAGCCUCAUCGCUGCAGCAGCGGUGGCGCUUGCGCCGUCGCCGCUGCGCAUCCGCGACCGGCUCGCCGCGGGCGUCCGACGGCCCGCCGCGAAGGACUACUACGCCUUUCGACGGGAAAACGACGAGACGGUGCUCGACCGGACGGACGAGGAGACCGAGGUCGAGGCCGACGACGCCGAGGCGCCGCUCGUCAGGGGGCAGUCGCUCUACCACGAGCGGCACAAGAAAGAAAUCGAGGACGGGAUCCUCUCGCACCUGACGGAAUUGGGCUUGACGCUCAAGGAGGCCGCCGAGGCGCUCAUGGGCGGCCACGACGACGACGUCGUGGCCUUCAGCGAGACGGGCGAGUACCGCGACCUCCAGAAGCACGCGCGGGCCAUGGAGCAGGAGCACCUGCGGGAGCUCCUCGAGGACCCGCAGCGCUUCAAGGCCAUGUCGCUGGAGGCCAAACACUGCGGCGUCUUCCUGGACUGGACGCGGCAGAAGGUCUCCGAGGGAACGAUGGCCAAGCUCUUCGAGCUGGCGCGGACCAUGGACGUGCCCGCGAAGAUCAAGCAGAUGCAGAACGGGGAGCGCAUCAACACGUCCGAGCGCCGCGCCGUGCUCCACACGGCGCUGCGGGCGCGGCGCGGCGACGCGCACCACGACGUCUCCGAGAACGUCGCGCGGUACACGUCGAUGUUGGAAGAGGCCGUGCCCAUCGACGACGCCAUCAAGGCUUCGUGUGAUGUGCGGGACCGCCUGCUGGCCUUCGUCGACGACGUGCGGAACGGGCGGGUCCGGUCCGUCCGCGGCGAGCCCUUCGAGUCUGUGGUGGUGGUCGGCAUCGGCGGGUCGUACCUGGGCCCGGAGUUCGUGACGCAGGCGACGGCGGGCGAGAAGGCGCCGGCGGAGGACGGGCGGCGCGUCGACGUGCGCUUCGUCGCGAACGUCGACCCCGUGGCGUUCGACGUCGCGACGGAGGGCCUCGACGCGACGAAGACCUUGGCGAUCGUCGUGUCCAAGUCCUGGACGACGGCGGAGACGCUGCGCAACGCCCAGAAGGUGCGCCGGUGGAUCGUCGACGGGUGCGUCGAGAAGGACGCGCGGCUGUCCGAGCCGCAGAUCGUGCGCGCGCACUUCGUGGCCUGCGCGUCGCGCACGGCGUCGGCCGAGGUCGAGGCCUGGGGCGUCGACAGCGACGCGCGCCUUUUUGAAUUUUGGAACUGGGUCGGCGGCCGCUACUCGUCGACGUCGUCGGCGGGCGUGCUGCCGCUGGCGCUCGCGCGCGGGUCGACGGCGGCGCGCGCCUUCCUGGACGGCGCGCGGGCCAUGGACGAGCACUUCUUCGCCGAGCCCCUCGAGACGAACGUGCCCGUGGUCAUGGCGCUCCUGGGCAUCUGGAACGUGAACUUUCUCGGGCUCGGCGCGCGCGCCGUCGUGCCGUACUCGGAAGCUUUAGCGCGCUUCGCCGCCCACGUCCAGCAGCUCGAGAUGGAGUCGCACGGCAAGUCCGUGACCAUCGACGGGCGGCCGCUGGACUUCGUCACGGGCGAGAUCGUCAUCGGCGAGCCCGGGACGAACGCGCAACACUCCUUUUUCCAGUUGCUCCACCAGGGCCAGGCCGUGCCGACGGACUUCAUCGGCUUCCUGCGGCCGGACGACGCCACGUCGGACCUCGCGGGCCACGACGAGCUCAUGUCUAACUUUUUCGCCCAGCCCGACGCGCUCGCCGUCGGCCGCGCCUUCGAGGACGUGCUCGGCGACGCCAUGGGCGCGGACGGCGGCGACCUCGAGAACUGCCCGCACCGGACGCUGUCGGGCGACCGGCCGUCGCUGACGCUGCUGCUCGACAAGCUCGACGCGUUCCACGUCGGCGCGCUGCUCAGCCUCUACGAGCACCGCUGCGCCGUCCAGGGCUUCGUCUGGGACAUCAACUCCUUCGACCAGUGGGGCGUGCAGCUGGGCAAGGACCUCGCGGGCGACGUGCGCGCGAACAUCCGCGGCGAGGCCGGCGCGCCGCGGAUGAACCCGUCGACGGCCGCGCUGCUCGAGAGGUAUCGGGUCGCGACGCGGGCCGCGCCGCCGUAAUUUGCCACGGAAAUCUA